UCUCACUUGGGUCAGAAAGUUCUUCCAUUCUGUUGACUUCUGUCUGUUACUUUUUUCAAUAUCGACCAUGGAAUACACUUUGAGUAGCUCUUAGGCCAUCCGAACAUACUUUGGGCUAAGAACUCGUGUCUCAAAUGGUGCCCACCAAGUGUUUGAUAAAAUGCUUCAAAGGUUGUUCUGUCCUUGAGUAGUGUGACGUCUUCAUUGGCUACCUUUGCGUUUGAUUGUGGAAGGUUAACGAGAAGCAAUCAUGGAUGUUGAUUCACAACCAACUAUGGAGGAAACCAUUUUGGUGGGAGAUGAUCUAAUGACGGGCCCUCCAUCACCAAUAAUUCCACCAGAAAUCGCUUCUCAUGUGCUUGAAGGUGUUGAUUUAUGUGAUGGGAUUUUGAAGAAUCUAUUUCUAUGUCUGCAAAUCAAUGAUAUUGAGCCAUUCUGUCAAGAUGAGCUUGCUAUGUAUAAACAGUGUGCUGAAAAAAGAGAUCGGGAACUGAGGAAACGACUUCAGGACAGUGAGCACAAAUUAGGUUUGUCGAUGCCUUUGAAUGAUGCCAAGGAAAGAGCUUCUCAGCUUGAAAAAGAGGUCACAUUGUUGGAUAGGCGGUUCAUUCUUGCUAGUGGACUUGAAGGCAUAGACGGCUUUCGCCAGAGAUGGAGUUUGCAUGGUCGCCUUACAGAUACCAAGAAAAGGUUGGAGUCCUUGAAGCAGGGAAUGGAGAGCAGGAAAAGGGUGUAAGAAUAGUGUCUUUGUCGAAGGGUGCAUGUGUAAUUUUGGCAAAUUUACUUCAGUUAUGGUUAAAUGAGUAUCAUUUGGAAAUAACUGAAUUUGAUAAGUCAGAUUAUGGUAAUGAUUGGAAAUUUUAUUUUUGGUAAUGCAUUGCGUUU